AUGACUGUCAGAUGGAUCAACUAUCUGUUCACGAAUUACAUAAUUCAGCUGAAUCAACACAAGCCGGAAAUAGCAGGCCCAAUCGUGUAUCGUAAGUUCCUCUUCCUGAUCGCUUUUUACAAAACUGGGAAGGAUACCGAAAUCAGUCAUUUCGACUGGACUGUGUCAGUCAAUGCUACAGAUGCUUCCUCAUUCUCGUUGGAUCUUUCAGCUUCUCAGACAUUCUACUUCUGGUUGUCUGAUCCGAAUAACAACACGAAUCCUUACAACUUCACAUCCUGCUAUUUCAACAUUACUUCGCCAUCUUCGCUAUCACCAACUUCAUCCACAGUGGCAAACACACUGUCACUGACAAGUGUCCAGACAUGGAGCCCUUCAGCAUUUCUAACACCGACCGUAACGACCACGACUCAGAAAACGGGUGGAAGCGAGAAAUCACAAGGGCAGGCAAAGGAAAUGGGCCUUGGGGUGGGUCUCGGAGUUGGGAUCCCCAUUUUCAUUCUAUUAGCAAUCUGCACUGGAUUUGCUAUCAAGUAUUUGAGAAAGAUUAUGAAGGACAAGUCUCGAGUGACUUGGGGUACACAUAUAGUGAAUAGGGUAGGAGUCGAGUUGCCUGAUAAUGUUAGGAAGCAUGAGUUACCAGUUGGAUACGGGCAAUGA